GCGGCCACCUGCGAAGAGUUGUCCUCGUCUUUGCGGUGGUGCUGUGUGGCUCGCUGUCCCCUCCUGCUGUUUGGAGGCGGAGUCCCCGGCUCUCCGGGAGGAGGAGCGGCAGCCGCUGUACAAGGCAGACUGAGGACCCGAGAAAGAGAGAGAGAGGGGGAAACAAAGAGCGAGCACCCCGGGGAGGAGAGCGGCAGGAGGGAGCCCCGGCUGGCUGGAGGUGGCCGUGCCCUGUGCAGUUUUCCAGAUGUAUUGUCUCCUGCCUGUACUGAAAGAAUGCAUCGCUAUAUGAAAUCCAGAUGCAGUGAUGAGAGUACUUAACUUUUGGAGCCAACUGAAUAUUACUUGUGGAUCCAUCUCAGCUAGAAACUGAGGCUUUCAAACACUGGAACCUAAAAUGUCAAGGAAACGUAUGAAAGCUUUUAAACUGGCGUAGUGUGGAGAUUGACAUGUACAGGAACCGUUGAAUUCGCCUUGCAUUCCACUGACCCAUCCUGGGAUAUGUCACUACUGGAAUUCAGUUCUGUGUUUUGCCCCAAAGUUUAUUCAGUUUCAAAUGCUGAAGAAACACAGUCCUAUGUGAGAGCUGAAAUUCACAAGCAAUAGCUGCAAUGGCUCAGACCAGCUUGCUGCAAGGAAAGCCCUUCUACUGCAGGGAAUGGAUCUUUCACAAGCUUCAGCACUGCCUGCAGGAAAAAACAAACUGCAGCACCAUCACUGCAAACAAAUUGUCAGUUGUGGCAAAUUCUGGCAACAAUGGUGGCAGCACAGGAAAAGGGUCAUCUUGGGGUUUACUAUUUGUUGGCGGUCCUGGAAGUGGAAAGACGGCCCUUUGUACAGAGCUGGUGUGGCCAAGUUCACCUGCUGGCCUGCAGAGAGGAUUACACCACCAAGUCUUGGCUUUUCACUUCUGCAGGGCCCAAGACUCUGACACAUUAUGUGUGGGAAACUUUAUCAGGACCCUCGUUGACCAGAUUUGCCAAGGAGGACUGAUGUCUGGAUAUGAGGAAAAACUAAAUGAUCCCUCCGUUCAGAAAUUGCUACAACCUGGAGAAUGUGAACGGAAUCCAUCAGAGGCUUUUAAAAGGUGUGUUCUUCUCCCUCUGCUGGCCAUGAAAUCGCCUCCUCAAAGUCUUUUGAUGGUUGUCGAUUCAGUUGAUGAAGGAUGCAACGUAACUGAAGGAGAGCACAGACCAUCUGGAUUAUCUGGAACCAUAGCGGAUCUUUUAGCAAGUCAUCACGAGUUCUUUCCUCCCUGGCUUCUUCUAAUAUGUUCAGCCCGCAAGCAGAGCAGAACAGUCACUAAAAUGUUUACAGGUUUCCGGAAGAUCAGUUUAGAUGAUCUUCGAAAGGCCUACAUAGUUAAGGACGUCCAGCAAUAUAUUCUUCAUCGCUUGGACCAAGAAGAAGCACUGAGACAACAUUUAACAAAGGAGACUGCAGAGAUGUUAAACCAGCUUCAUAUUAAAAGCAGCGGGUGCUUUCUUUAUCUGGAGCGUGUAUUAGAUGGCGUUGUUGAAAAUUUCAUAAUGCUUCGUGAAAUUCGUGAUAUUCCUGGAACUUUAAAUGGUUUAUACCUCUGGCUGUGUCAGAGGCUGUUUGUAAGAAAACAGUUUGCGAAGGUCCAACCAAUUUUAAAUGUUAUCCUAGCUGCUUGUCGACCACUAACAUCUAUUGAACUGUUUCAUGCGGUUUGGACCAAAAGCAUGUCAUUGUCCAUGGAGGAUUUUCAGCGUAAGAUGGAUGCUCUGUCAAAAGUACUUGUUGGUGGACUAGGAAAUACUAAAAUCUUGUUCCACUACAGUUUUGCUGAGUGGCUGCUUGAUGUAAAGCACUGCACCCAGAAAUAUUUAUGCAAUGCAGCAGAGGGACAUAGGAUGAUUGCAAUGAGUUAUACAUGCCGAGCAAAAGAACUGACACCAGUAGAGGUUCAGGAAUUUGCAUUACAUCUAAUACAUUCAAAUUUACAGUUAACAAAUUCGGAACUAGCUUUGUGGAUGAUCUGGAAUGGAACGUGUGUAAAAGACUCCUUAUGUACGUUAAUACCAAAGGAACAAGAGGUGCUGCAAUUACUAGUGAAAGCCGGUGCCCAUGUUGACAGUGAGGAUGACAGAACUUGUUGCAUUGUACGGCAAGCUUUGGAAAGAGAAGAUUCAAUCCGUACACUCCUCGAUAAUGGUGCAUCUAUUAAUCAAUGUGAUUCAAAUGGAAGAACUAUGUUGGCUAAUGCUGCAUAUAGUGGUAAUCUAGAUGUGGUCAACUUGCUAGUCUCAAGAGGAUCUGAUCUUGAAAUUGAAGAUGCCAAUGGGCAAACAGCACUUACUUUGGCAGCCCGCCAAGGCCACGUUAAGGUUGUGAAUUGUUUAAUUGGAUGUGGCACAAAUAUAAAUCAUUGUGAUCAUGAUGGUUGGACAGCACUAAGAUCUGCAGCAUGGGGUGGGCACACUGAGGUUGUUUCUGCACUUUUGUAUGCUGGAGCCAAAGUUGAUUGUGCAGACGCUGACAGUCGAACAGCUUUAAGAGCAGCAGCAUGGGGAGGACAUGAAGAUAUUGUACUGAAUUUACUACAGCAUGGAGCAGAAGUUAACAAAGCUGACAAUGAAGGCAGAACUGCUUUGAUUGCAGCAGCAUACAUGGGGCAUAGGGAAAUUGUAGAGCAUCUUUUAAAUCAUGGUGCAGAAGUCAAUCAUGAAGAUGUGGAUGGAAGAACCGCCCUAUCAGUAGCAGCUCUUUGUGUUCCAGCAAGCAAAGGUCAUGCAUCUGUGGUCAGUCUCUUGAUUGAGAGAGGAGCAGAGGUAGACCAUUGUGAUAAGGAUGGAAUGACUCCCCUACUUGUGGCUGCAUAUGAGGGACAUGUGGAUGUGGUUGAUCUUCUUCUAGAAGGUGGUGCAGAUGUUGAUCACACUGAUAACAAUGGACGUACCCCCCUCCUUGCUGCAGCUUCUAUGGGGCAUGCAUCUGUUGUUAAUACAUUACUUUUCUGGGGUGCUGCUGUAGAUAGCAUCGACAGCGAAGGUCGUACCGUUCUUAGCAUAGCAUCUGCUCAAGGAAAUGUUGAAGUAGUGAGGACACUUCUGGACAGAGGUCUAGAUGAAAACCAUAGAGAUGAUGCUGGAUGGACUCCACUUCAUAUGGCUGCUUUUGAGGGUCACAGACUAAUCUGUGAAGCAUUAAUUGAACAAGGUGCUCGAACAAGUGAAAUUGAUAAUGAUGGCAGAAUACCUUUAGUUCUAGCUGCCCAGGAAGGACAUUAUGAUUGUGUACAGACUCUUUUGGAAAAUAAAUCUCCUGUUGAUCAAAAAGGAUAUGAUGGUCGCAAUGCUCUCCGUGUUGCCUCCUUGGAAGGGCAUAGAGAUAUAGUUGAAUUGCUUUUGAGCAAUGAAGCUGACAUUGACUCAAAAGAUGCUGAUGGACGUCCUACACUUUACAUUCUAUCCCUGGAAAAUCAGUUAACAAUGGCUGAAUAUUUUUUGGAAAAUGGAGCUAAUGUGGAAGUUAGUGAUACUGAAGGGAGAACAGCUCUUCAUGUUUCCUGCUGGCAGGGACAUUUAGAGAUGGUUCAGACCCUGAUUUCCUACCGGGCUGAUGUUAAUGCAUCUGACAAUGAGAAACGUUCUGCCUUACAGUCCGCUGCCUGGCAAGGGCAUGUAAAAGUAGUCCAGCUAUUAAUUGAUAAUGGUGCUCUGGUCGAUCAUACAUGUAACCAAGGUGCUACUGCACUUUGCAUUGCUGCCCAGGAAGGACACACUGAAGUUGUUCAGGUUUUAUUGGAACAUGAUGCAGAUCCAAAUCAUGCAGAUCAAUUUGGAAGGACAGCAAUGCGUGUUGCUGCUAAAAAUGGACAUACACAAAUAAUUAAGUCGCUUGAAAAAUAUGGAGCAUCAACUCUCAAUGGAAGCAAUCCAUCGCCUGUUCAUACAAUGGAGCAAAAAAACUUAAAUAUACUAUCAACAAAAGUACAGUCUUUAACAGUUAAAUCUAAUAGCUCAUCCAGCACUGGAGGUGGUGAUGUUCACCCAACUAUGCGUGGAUUGUGUAAUGGACCCUCUCAUGCUUUCAGUUCUCCCUCAGAAUCCCCAGAUUCUACAGUAGAUAGACAUAAGUCUUCUCUUUCAAACAAUUCACUUAAAAGUUCUAAAAACUCUUCACUUCGUACAACUUCAUCUACAGCAACUGCUCAAACAGUGCCUAUUGAUAGCUUCCAUUGCCUUUCUUUCACAGAACAAAUUCAACAGCAUUCACUUCCACGUAGCAGAAGUAGACAGUCAGUAGUAUCCCCCUCUUCCACAACACAGUCUUUAGGGCAGAACAAUUCACCAACGAGUGAAUUUGAAUGGAGCCAAGUCAAACCGAGUUUAAAAUCCACAAAGUCAAGUAAAGGGGGCAAAGGAGAAUCCUCAAUCAAAUCUAGCUCUGUAACAAAGAAAACCAAGCAAAGUAGCUCUUCCCAGUCUAAGGUUUUGGAAUAUGAAAUGACACAAUUUGACAAAAGAGUGCAUGUUCCCAUUUCUGGCCCUGGAGUGAAUGUACCACUAAAGCAAAUCCCUGCUGACUCUUCAAAAAUUCAGAUAUCUUCAGUUCAACAGCUGAGUGCAGAACAAAAGAAAAGGAAUGGCAUAAUGACCAAUCCCAAUUAUCACCUUCAAGGGAAUCAGGUUUUUCUUAGUAGAGUUUCUGUGCCUCGUUCUCUGCAAGGUCGUGGGCAUUCGGAAGUUCUUGAAGGAUAUCCUUCAACAGAAACAGACUUGGGCCUUAAACAGUCACUUAAACUUCAAAUUGAAGGAACUGACCCUAGCUUUAACUACAAAAAGGAAACUCCACUAUAACUGGUUGAAAAAGCACAAGACUGUAACAUACUAGAAGACACCUAAAACUGCAAAUCCUUUUUAAUUUUUUUUUUUUUUCUGACCAUGAGUCCACUGGUUAUUGUUUUAAAAAGACGGUCCAUUCAAAUGUGAUAUUUCAGUUAUUGGUGGUAUGUGCUGGGUCAGGUCACAUUUUUGGCAUCUUAAGCAUCUAUGGGACUUAAGCAUCAAGAUUCCCAGCUAUAGUUCCUGUCAAAGUUUCCAAUCAAUGUGUUAAUUUUGUGUUUUUUUUUUUUUCUUCGCUCACCCUCUGCAAUUUCUUUUUUCUUUUUCAUCCAGAAUCUGACAGAUUGUGACAUGCCUUUUUUAUGCAAGAUCAACUGCAAUGAUCUUACCACCAGAGACUCGCACAUGUAUAAUACAAGUUAACUCCCCUGGCAGUUACCAAAAGCUGAAAUGACAAUUUUGGGUUGACUGAAUAUUAAACAUGCCUAAUUCUAGGCAAAUUUAAGGAAAAAAAUACUGAAAUUGUGUCUUGAAAAUGUGCACACAAUGCACUUUGUAACUGCACCUAAAAUUCCCCUUUCUCCCCCUAUAAAACAUUUGUGCUAUUUGCAGCUUUUUAUAUAAAACGGGAGCAUAAGUAUGCAUGUCCUGCCGUGAACUGUAUGACUCUUCUCAAAUCUGCCGUUCAGAAAUGAGACAAGCAGCAGAAAUGUAUUCAUUUUUGUGUGUUUUAAUAAGUCAGGUCUUGACAGCAUCUGAAAUAAUACAACUCUGUAGACUUGAAAACCUACAAAGUAUCUUAACACUUUGAAGGCCAGAAAUGUACAAGGAAAAAGACACACGCACAGCCUAGUCCUCUGCAGUAUUUACUUAUUGAAUGCAACAACUCUUGUAUCAUGCCCAGACAUGCCUUGCACAGUCAAGAGUCCAACAAAUUCCUUUUCCGCCUUUUUUUUGCUGUGGAGUUGAAUGUAUUAUGCUCAACUUUGCACAAUACAAAAAUCUUUUAAAAGUGCAUAUUUAUCUGCCACUGAUGAUCUCAGUGUUAAAUAUUUUUCUGGUGUUAACAUUGGCUUAACUUUAUUUAAAUGAACUUUGUAAUCUGUUAUGUUUUUCGUCCAGUUAGAGAAAAUAUGUAGUUAACUUGUUUGUGUCAGACAUGUGGACAUGUACAAAUGACAAAGAUUCCCUUUUUUUUUCCCUGUAACUGUAAUGGCAUAUUUAUUUUACACAUGUAGCAUAUAGUGGUAAUAGUAAAAAAAAGCCUCUGCUGAAGAGCUACAACACAUUAUCAAAGUUUCAAAAUUCUUGUCCCUGUGGGACAUAUACUUGGAUAUAUUCAAAUAAAUUCUUAAAGAAAACCAGCCAUAAUUGGGCUUCUGAAAAACUCUGAAAAGUAUGUGUUUAUUAUAAUUGUGGAGGUAGAUGUAUGAAAUCUUUGUUUUUUCCUUUUAUUUAUCCUCACUCGAGAGCUAGUGUUUUCUGCCGUAUCAUCUGCCUAGCCUUAGCCUGAGACUGCGUAACGGUGCCAAAUAGAGCUAGGUAGUUUAAAGCUUAAGAUAGACAACUGAUAAUACAGUCAGGCAGUUGACAGGACAGCUACUCUCAAAUAUGAGAGGACAUCUUAAAGUGGAACUUUACCUCUAAUAACUUGGUAAAAAAUUAAGGUUCCUUUGCAAGGAACGUACAUUCCACAUUAAUAAUUGUGCUACUGAAAUUUGUGUGUGCUGUAAAUUGCCUCCAGCAUUGCUCCUGUUUCUUCUUGCUGGACGCUGCCUUAUUGUUAAAGCCCAGAGCCCAUGAGCAGCAGUAAAUCUUUAGGCUGUCAGCACAUUGGCCUCUACGUUUUCAGCACAAAAUAAAGAGCAUCUGAACAUGUACAGAGCAGGGUGAGACAUUGUAUUACUGGAUUUUAAUCAGUAAUUUUUAAGGUUUUACAUAGAUCUACCUGCAAAAGGGGCCAGCCUGAAGUGAUUUAGCAGGCCUUUGUUUUCUAAAUAAAGUUCCAAUAUAGGCUGGCCUUUCGCUGGACGAAACUUAACUGGCCAAAAUUCUUUGUGGAUGGUCCAGCACUCUUCCACCCAGCAUCCUUUAAUUCAAGAAAGGAGCUGGGCGGGAAAAUUGCAACCGCUGUUCAGGUAUUCUGACAGUUACUGCCUUCUGUCAGAAUACAAUAGCUUGCACUGCAGAAUUCAUCCAUCCACACUUU